AUGAAUUGGCACAAGCAAAAAGUGAACAACUUCAUUGGGAGCGAACGUCAACGUCAGAUUUUGGCGGCAGCUGCUGAAGAACAACAAAGAUUGGCAGCCGCCGCGGCAGCAGCAGCUGCGGCUCAACAACAACAACAACAAACUGAUGCUUAUUUUCAACUUAAACAACUUCAACAAUAUUUAAAUUCAUUGAUUGCUUCUGCUGGUCCUACAGGAACUCCGCAUGGUCAAACUUCGAGUUCGCCCUCGACUUCUUUAUCUGGUUCUCAACAACAGCGCCAACCUUCAUUAGAACAGUUACUCCUAUCAGCUGUUUCGACUUCAACAGCAUCGGGUGGAGUUGGUAUUGCUGAUGAACAACAAAGAUUGGCAACUUCUUUAUUGGCGUCAGCAGUUCAGCAACAACAACAACAACUAUCUCGUGUUACUCAGCAACAGCAGCAAUUUACUCCUUCCAUUCCUUAUGGUCAACCUACACAACAACAAACUAUCGCUAUUCAACAACAACAAGAACAAUUGGCUUCUGCCAUUGCUGCUCAACAACAACAACAGCAACGCAUUCCCAAUGCUGCAUUAUCUGUUAAUAUUCAAACUGCGCUUGCUGCAGCUGCUUCUGUUGGAAAUAAUGAACUCCUCCAUUCUCCUUCAAAUCCACAAUCAGCAAAUCAAUUAACAGCAGCUCAACAACAACAACUUCAAAGUUUACCACCAGAGUUGCUCUAUCAGGCUGCUUUGAUGGCUGCAGCACAAUUAGGGUUAUUUUUGUAUUGA